AUGACCAGGAAUCCAGUAGCCCCCCAGUACAGUACCGCCACUCCAGACGAGGACGACUUCGACAUCAUCGACAACGACGCCACUGAAAUGCAACUCCCGCCACCAACACCUCCAACGCAGACUUCUCCUUCCUCUUCUGCUUCUACCUCCGACACUCCCACUGUCGUCUCAGAUAAGAAUCCUCCAGGACUCUCCGAAUCUACCCAUAGAGAGAAAGACCCAAUAGUUCCACCUAUUCCUCCAAAGCCUGCAAGCUACGUCCCACAGAUGGAUUCCAUAUCGCAGAAAAUGGGAGAAUCUAGUUUGGAAGAUUCGUUCGUUUCGAUGGGGAAUGCUAGUGAGAAUACUGAAGGAGGGUUUGGGUUCUACUCUGGUGGCAAGGAGGCCUAUAGAUCGUUGAAAAGCCAUAUUGGUUGGAACAAGGAGAAAGUCGUUUUGAUUGCUGUUAUGGGAAUGACCGGUGCUGGAAAAACAACUUUCAUCUCCAAAGUCACCGGGAAAUCCGAUCUCGGAAUUGGUCACAGCCUUGAAUCUUGCACUCGCGAGGUCUCAGUUCACGAGACGAAAAUCGGUGAAACGACAGUUCGUUUCGUCGAUACCCCCGGUUUUAGCGAUACUUAUCUCUCGGACACUGAAGUCCUAGAGAUGAUCGCGGAUUACCUCGCCGCUGCAUACAGUAAAGACAUGAAGCUUCACGGAAUCAUUUACCUCCACCCUAUCUCUGAAAACAGAAUGACAAACCCUGCUACAAAGAAUUUGGAAAUGUUCAGGAAACUCACGGGGGAGAAAAAUCUGAAGAACGUGGUUUUGACGACUAGCAUGUGGGAUAAAGUUACUGCUGAAGAAGGUGCUAGGAGGGAGAGGGAGUUGAAAGAGAAGUUCUGGAAGGUUUUGUUGGCAUUUGAGGCUAAGACUAUCAAGUAUAAGGGUACUUCGGAGUCAGCCAGGGAAGUUGCAGGUUUGUUGAUGGAAAAUAAACCAUUCUAUCUACAACUGCAAGAGGAGAUGGGGAAAGGGAAUAAAGCCCUCAAGGACACUUCUGCGGGAAGGGAAAUCAUGGAAGAGCUGGCGAGAGUUAAGGAACAGCAUCAACGAGAGAUGACGGAAAUGAAGGAAAUGAUUAUGAAGAGCCAGGAGGAAAAGAAUGAAGCGGCCGUUCAAGCACUUAGAGAGUACUACGGCAAACUUUUGAGCGAUAUGGAAAGAACAUUGAGGGAUGAGAAGAGAAUGAAGGAUGAGGAAGUCAAAACCUUGAAUGAACGGAUUAGUGCUCUGGAGAAGAAGGGAAUGUGUAAUAUUGUGUGA